AUGCCUCAAGCCACAGGGCUAAACGUGAUCGCCCUAAUAUCAGGCGGAAAAGACUCCCUCUACUCAAUCCUCCACUGCAUCCGAAACGGCCACAAAGUAGUAGCCCUAGCAAACCUCUACCCAGAACCGUCCCCCUCCAGCCAAAAUGACGAAGAAGACGAAGACAUCGACAGCUUCAUGUACCAAACAAUUGGUCACAGCAUAAUCCCACUAUACGAAGAAGCUCUCGGCAUCCCUUUAUACAGACAAGCCAUAAAAGGCAACGCAGUCGACACAUCCCGUAUCUACAAAAACACCACCACCAACACAAACGACCCCGACGAAACCGACGAAACCGAAUCCCUCGUCCCACUCCUAACACGCAUCCAACAAGCCCACCCAGAAGCAAACGCCGUCUCAGCAGGCGCAAUCCUAUCAACAUACCAGCGCACCCGCAUCGAGAAUAUCGCCGGCCGACUAGGUCUCACCCCCCUAGCCUGGCUAUGGAUGUAUCCCUCGCUACCGGCGCCAGGGGCGCGACUUGCCGAUUCGCUGGCUGUGGCACAGGCUGGGUUAUUGGAGGAUAUGGCAGCUGUCGGAUGUGAUGCGCGGAUUAUCAAAGUUGCGUCGGGGGGAUUGGAUGAGGGGUUUCUUUGGGAGGAUGUUUCGGGACCUGGGAAUGCUGGGAGGAUGUUGAGGAGGAGGGUUGCGAAGGCUAUGGGGAGGUUUGCUGCGGGUGAGGAUGUGAGAGGUGCUGUUCUGGGUGAGGGUGGGGAGUAUGAGACUCUUGCGCUGGAUGGGCCUGGUUUCUUGUGGAAGGGGAGAAUUGGGGUUGAGGGGGUUGAGGUUAGGGUUGGGGAGGGGGGCGUUGCUUUUGUUAGGAUUAUUGGAGCCAGGUGUUUGGGGAAGGAAGGGGAUGGGGUGAGGCCUGAGGAUGUUAGGAGGCCUGGGUUGUUAGAUGAGGGCUUUGUUGCUGCUUUGGAGAGGGAGAGGGAGGUUGGUGAGAAUGAGGCUUCUGUGGGUGAUUUGAUGGUUGGGACGAGUGCUUCGUCUCCUGAGUGGACUGUUUGUGAACCUGUGCACCGGCAGUCUGGUUCGUCGUGGACUAUUUCGAAUAUCGUUGCACCUGAGGCUGGUCCUGGGGCAGGAGAGCAGAUGAAGGGUAUUGCGGACAAGGUUGAGCAAGCGUUGAAGACUUUCUCUCACGCCGAGUCCGGCCUACGAUCAACAGAUGACAUUGUCUUUGCUACGGUGCUGCUCGACUCAAUGGCCGACUUCGGUUCCAUGAAUGAUGUCUACGUGUCGCUCUUCAAGAAGCCUAACCCUCCUGCACGAGUCACAGUCGCCUGCGGAGAUCGAAUGCCAUCCAAUGUCAAGGUGAUGGUCUCAUUUAUGGUUGACUUGGGUGCGAGAGACCUGCGCCAGGGUCUGCACGUUCAAUCACGAUCAUACUGGGCACCGGCAAACAUUGGACCAUAUUCACAAGCCAUGUCUGUUUCACUGCAGAACAACAGCAGACUGGUACAUAUUGCUGGCCAGAUUCCUCUGGACCCUGCUUCUAUGGAGCUGGCGCAGCAGGAACAGUCACCAUUUGAAAACUACCGUCUACGAGCUGUGCUAGCUCUGCAGCACCUCUGGAGGAUCGGUGAAGCCAUGCAGGUGGACUGGUGGCUUGGCGCGGUAGCAUUUUUGGCUCGAGGAAAACAGGCCGAUGCUCAAGCUCAAGUGGCAUGGCGCCUCUGGGAAAAGAUGCAUGCUUUACCUAACAACGAAGACGAGGAUGACGACGAGGGACCCCAGCUGGAUGCAUGGGACAUGAAAUAUGGACGUCGCACGGAGGAAGUGACUUCUGAUGCUACCGCACUGGCUUUGCCCAAGUUCACUGUUCUCAAUUCCGAGUCUGCCACAUCCAUCCCACCCUUCUUGGCUGUUCAGGUCGAGGAACUCCCACGAGGAAGUGACAUUGAAUGGCAAGGACUGGGUGGUCGAUGUGAGCAGGUCAAGUUGGGUAUUGCGGAAGGGCCGGCUUACACCACCACCAUGGACGGCCAAUACACCUAUAUUACUAUCGAGGUCGAGGUUGGAUUGUCUGAUGAUGCAUGUGAGAAACGCUUGGAUCCGGUCAUAAAGACCCACUGCCAAAACCCUAGCCUGUGUCAGGCCGUGUUGUACACAACCUAUUCGUUGCCCGAAGCUUGGCCAGGACAGGUUGUCCCAUGCAGAUCGGUUUGGGGACGAGGAGGGCGAAGAUUGGGCGCAGGCGUGGUCUUGCAACAAUUACAUUAG